AUGAAGGUUCCUGCUUUAGCAGUUUCCGUCAUCACCCUUCUCUGCGUUUUGGUCCAGGAGUUUACUGGGCUGUGCUAUCGGUUGGUUCCUCUUCAUCCCGCACCCUUCGUGUACAGCUCCGCGCCCGCCCCUCGCUCAUUCAUACCAGCGCCCCGACCAGCCGGUCGCCGCAGCCUGAAUUUGUUUAUGAAGAAGAAAGGUGGAAGAGUUUUGGUCACGCUGGAGUGCACUGAGGCGCGGGCACUCGGCAUGCCCCCCUCGAGGUACAUCACUUCAAAGAAUCGGAGAACGACGCCGGAACCGUUAGUUCUACGCAAGUACAACAAAUACCUUCGCCGUCACACAAUUCACAAAGAAAUAAAAUAG